AGUGAAAAAAAAUAAUUCUUUUUAACAGUAGGAUUCAACUCCUUGGGUAGGCCUUAUGUCCCCUCCACAGGAUAUCUCACCUUUAUUCCUUUUAUGCUAUCAUAGACUUCAUUUGCUUGUAUUGAUAUUUUUUGCUGCUAGUACCGAUAUUAUUCGCUGACAAUGAUGAUUUAUCUGCUGUGUCUUUAGAGCGGAUCAUGAGGAUGAGCAAAAUAUCCACUUCAACCGGGGCCUCCUGCCCGCGUACUACGGCCUGCUCCGGAUGGCCUGUGAAUAUUCCACGGCCUUCAUGCGCCAGCUGGCUGGUCACCAGAACCUACAAUGGGCUUUCAAGAACGUCUUACCGUACCCGCAUCAGUAUUUGGAGGCGACAGAGGAGUUGAUGUGCAUGAUGAAGAUGAUGGCGGAUCGCAAGCCAGAGCACUGUGCCGAGGAGGCCGCAGCAGUUGAGAACUUCCGCAAGACAAUUCUGACGGUGUGCACCACGGGGCUAGACCCAAGGGUCAUGUGGCAGACUCUGUGCUCCAUUUACAAAGUUCUGGUGGAGACUCCAGAGGAUCACCUGAGUCUGCUCUACCAAAACGGACUGUCUGUGUUGAGUCAGGUGAGUCUUUGCUUCAACGGACUCAGUUGUUUUUAGUUUUGUCCUUGCUGU